AUGACUGAAGAGAACAACAACAACCACUCUUCUCCCUCUUCUCCUUCAGAAUUACCCAUAGUUUCAAUAAAUUUUGAUCGACGACUGCCAGUUUUACAUUCAUAUUUGGGGGAUGUACACCAAGGAGAAUUGUUGUUUGAAUCGCUUUAUGAGGAGCCUAAUACUCAAUUAAAAGUGCCAGUUCUCCUUAUGGGCGAAGUUUGUCUGUUACCAGGCCAAAAAUUGCCGCUCAAAUUAUAUGCCAGAACGAGUAUUGAAUUUAUGAGUGAUCCAAUUCGACAACGUUCCUAUUUUGCUUUAUUUACUAGAAACGAAAAUGUGUUGUUUCAAAAUGCUCAAGAUUUUUCGAAAAUUCCUUGCCAUUCUGCUGGGACUCUUUUUCAAGUUUUUUUUAAAUUUAUUUUUAAGCCCUACAUAUUUUGUGUUUCCUUGGUUUUUGUGUUUUUAAAUGUAUUUUUGUGUGUUUUUCCGUAUUUUGGUGCAAAGUAUUUUCUCAUGUAUUUGUGUUUUCGAUUGUUUCUGUGUAUUUUUCGUUUUUGUAUUACUGUGUUUUUUUGGGUUUUUUGUUCUUGUGUUUCUGUGAGUUUUUCGUGUUUGUGUUUUCGCAUGUAUUUUUCGUAUUUUUUGUGUUUUUUUCGUAUUUUUGUAUUUUACGUGUGCUUCUCUGUGUUUUUGUAUUUUCUAAUAUUUUUCUUCAUUUUUUAUAUCCAAAAUGCAUUUGCCAACGACGACGACCACCACAUGACAAUCCAAAUAAUUGGACGUCAACGCUGUUCUUUAAAUUCCCAUUUAAUGCUACACGAUAUUUAUAUGGAAGAUAUUGCUAUUACUAUAUGUAAUCCUGUAGAUGUGAGGGUUUUGGAUGAAGAAGUUUUGUCUAAACAAAUAAUUAAAUUCCCUGAAAGUUCAAUUAACAGGCUAAAGGAAAAUGAGAGAAACAAAUUCCUUGCAUCAUUAACUCCUCACACUACAUUUAUUUACAAUUAUUCUUCCACGGAAAACUUUGUAAAAAGACUGGUCAAUUGGCUUUCUGUUUGGUUUAAAAGAAGCCAAAUUGAUUUGAUUAUUAAUCAGGGAAUGACAAUUUUCAGUUUUUGGGUUGCCUCAAAUAUCCCAAUGAGUUUAGAUUCAAAAUUGUUACUUUUGGAAGAAAACUCAACUGACAGGAGGUUAAGGAUGGAAUGGAGAAUUAUUUCACAGGUUUAUAAAAAUGACAUAAGACUUAUGUUUCGUGUCCUAUGA